GUUCUGUCCCGUCUUCUCGUUGUUUCCGCUGGCUUCCAGUCGGCUAAUUCUGUCGCCUCUCCUGUUGCUGAUUAUUGAGCCUCUGUGGCUCCCGUAGUUCCGGCGUUAUGUGGCCGGCAGUCGGGUACCUGGUAGUAGUCGGGCGGUGGGCAUGCAGUCACCCAUGGCUGUAAGGAGAUAGGGCAGAGUGUCUCCUCCCUGUAUGGUGUAUGAGCCUGUAGCCUGUAGCCUGGGCCCCAAUGGCGUGCAAGUCCAAGGUGGCCCCCAGUGUAGACUUCGACCACAGCUGCUCGGACAGUGUUGAGUACCUGACCCUGAAUUUCGGGCCUUUUGAGAGUGUUCACCGCUGGAGGAGGCUGCUGCCCUGCGAUGAGUUUGUGGGGGCCAGACGAAGCAAACACACUGUUGUAGCUUACAAAGACGCCAUUUAUGUUUUUGGUGGUGAUAACGGGAAGAACAUGUUGAAUGACUUGCUAAGAUUUGACGUGAAAGACUGCUCCUGGUGCAGGGCGUUUACUACAGGAACUCCCCCUGCACCAAGAUAUCACCAUUCUGCAGUGGUCUAUGGAAGCAGCAUGUUUGUGUUUGGUGGCUAUACCGGUGACAUCUACUCCAAUUCCAAUCUGAAGAAUAAAAAUGACCUCUUUGAGUACAAGUUUGGAACUGGUCUAUGGACAGAAUGGAAAAUUGAAGGAAGAUUGCCAGUGGCCCGGUCAGCACAUGGAGCCACAGUAUACGAUGACAAGCUAUGGAUCUUUGCUGGCUAUGAUGGAAAUGCAAGGUUGAAUGACAUGUGGACCAUCAGUUUGCAAGACCGAGAGUCAGCAACUUGGGAAGAGAUAGAGCAAAGUGGAGAGAUCCCACCUUCUUGCUGUAACUUCCCCGUGGCCGUCUGUAGGGACAAGAUGUUUGUCUUCUCUGGGCAGAGUGGGGCGAAGAUCACAAACAACCUAUUCCAGUUUGAGUUUGCAGAAAAAGUCUGGAUGCGCAUUCCUACAGAGCACCUAUUGCGUGGGUCACCACCACCCCCACAAAGGCGUUAUGGGCACACAAUGGUGGCUUUUGAUCGCCACCUAUAUGUAUUUGGUGGAGCUGCAGACAACACUUUGCCUAAUGAAUUGCAUUGCUAUGAUGUCGAUUCUCAAUCCUGGGAGGUAAUACAGCCCAGUCCAGACAGUGAGCUUCCUAGUGGCCGCCUGUUCCAUGCUGCAGCUGUAAUCGCAGACGCUAUGUAUAUCUUUGGAGGGACUGUGGAUAACAAUGUUAGGAGUGGAGAGAUGUACCGUUUUCAGUUUUCAUGUUAUCCAAAAUGCACUUUACAUGAGGAUUAUGGAAGAUUAUUUGAGAACCAACAAUUCUGUGAUGUAGAAUUUAUUUUGGGAGAAAAAGAGGAGAAAGUCCGAGGACACAUUUCUAUUAUCACUGCUCGAUGUAAAUAUCUGCGGAAGAAAAUCACUCAAGCAAGAGAGAGGCAUUGGCAAAAGGUAAAGCAGGAUUCAGAAGAUGAUGGUCAGAGUGUGCCGCAAGAGAAUGCAAGUUGUCCCCAGAAAACAAACCGGUCUCUCCCCAUGCUGGAUGUGGUUAUCCGAGAUGCAGAAGCUCGGCCAUUUGAACUGCUCAUGCAGUUUUUAUACACAGACAAAAUAAAAUACCCACGGAGAGGUCAUGUCCAGGAUGUCCUCCUCAUUAUGGAUGUGUAUAAACUAGCUUUGCACUUUAAGCUGUCACGACUUGAGCAGCUCUGCGUUCAGUACAUUGAAGCAUCUGUUGACCUUCAGAAUGUCCUUGUAGUGUGUGAAAAUGCAAACAAGCUGCAGCUGGACCAGCUAAAGGAGCACUGCCUGAACUUUGUUGUGAAGGAAUCCCACUUUAACCAGGUGAUCAUGAUGAAAGAGUUUGAGCAUUUGUCGUCCUCAUUGAUCGUGGAGAUUGUGCGACGGAAGCAGCAGCCUCCUCUCCGGAUCCACUCCGAUCAGCCUGUGGAUAUAGAAAUUCUGUUGCAAGAUAAUAGCUGCACCUCUCUGGUCCAGGAUAUGAAGGCUUAUCUGGAGGGCGCAGGAAGAGAUUUCUGUGACAUUACCUUAUUGCUGGAUGGACACCCUAGACCUGCACACAAAGCCAUCCUGGCUGCUCGCUCCAGUUAUUUUGAGGCCAUGUUCCGCUCUUUCAUGCCCGAGGAUGGACAAGUGAAUAUUUCUAUUGGCGAGAUGGUGCCAAGCAAACAAGCCUUUGAAUCACUACUUCGAUACAUCUAUUAUGGAGAAGUCAAUAUGCCACCUGAAGACUCUCUUUAUUUGUUCUCUGCUCCAUAUUAUUACGGAUUCUUCAGUAACCGGCUGCAGGCCUAUUGCCGGCAAAAUCUGGAGAUGAACGUGACUGUUGAGAAUGUGCUCCAGAUCUUAGAAGCAGCAGACAAGACACAAGCCCUGGAUAUGAAGAAACAUUGUCUUCACAUCAUUGUCCAUCAGUUCACCAAGAUAGAGGAUGACACCACACUGCUCCUCAUUCUUCCUCCUUUCCUUUCCCACAUGAAGGUUGCCAAGUUGCCGAACCUACGUUUAUUGAGCCAGCCAUUGCUCAUCAACAUUAUCGAAUCUCUGGCCAGCCACAUCUCAGACAAGCAAUGUGCGGAGCUAGGCUCAGACAUAUGAAUGACCACUUUCUAGGACCUACCUGUGGACAGUUUGAAUCAUUCCUCGCUGCUGAAUGUCCUUCACAGCCAGAACGCUUGGGACCAUGAAGUUGUAUCAAGAAAUGAGCAGCUGUUGAUUUGACCUGAGUAUUCUAUACAUACUGAUAGUGAGAAGAUUUAUCCUGCACAUUAUAGCAGUAAUAAAUCAAGGAUCACCAUCAUGUGGUAUUUCCAUUUAUGUAUAGAAGCUGCGUGUAGUUGCACAUACAUUUUUUGUUUUUUACUUUCUGAAUGUAGUUUAAAGUACUUAACAGCUGUAUACUAUAUAAAUAUCCAAUAAUACCACUGUUUUUGCAUUGGGUGUAAUACCUACAUAUGCAGACAUAUGAAUGACUGACUUUAAUGGGUUAUCCAGCAGCGGGGGGGUUCAAAAGUAUGCCUGCUUUCUGGUAUAUAACAAACAACCUUUAAAGCGUACCCGUUAAAUCCAACAAAAAUAUUUUGUAUCACUCAGUACCUAAUCCUGAUCAUGUACAUCUAAUUUGUGUGUUUCUAGCACCUUUAUUUAUUUUUAUUACACUUAUAAUUUAGCUCACUAGUCUGAAUUCCUCUCAAAGGGAGGGGGUGUGGCCUCACUGUGCAGGUCUCCGCCCCCUCCCUCAGUAUGCUGUCUGCCCACAUCUCCACUAGCAUUAGCAAAACUACGACUCCUUGUCCUCACUGACAGUAGGGGGACACAAGCUGACAGUGGGAAGCUUUUUCCUCCAGCUCUGAGCCCUGCACUCACAGCUGUCAAUCAAGGAAGUGUGUCCAUGACAUAGGUGAUGAUGCAUGGACACAGCAGGACUAGUAUGUGUCCAAGCAGGCAGGGGGGCAGUUGUUUGACUGGCUUUUUCAGUAUGAAAUACUGAAAAUCUUCUAAUAAAAGCAAUUGCAAAAACUAUUGGUCAUACAUGCUUUACAACAUAUCAACAGUUUUUGUAUCUGACAGUGCCCAUUUAACUCCCCUCCUAUGCUCCAACAAUGCCUCUGGGGUCCUGCUUGGUCCCCCCCAUUAUUCUUCUUGAUCAGGCCCUGGUGCACCUGGGUCCAGUGUGUGACGCUGCCGCUCAGGGUAGUACUGGCCACAGCGAUGUCCCGUCUCAGCCAGUGAUUUGCUGAGCAGCAGUGUGACAUGCUGGACCCGACAGUCACGCUCCGGCUCACAAAGAGGAUCACUGCGGGGCCCGUAGUAGGACACCAGAGACAUUGGAGUGCACGAGGUCUUAAUCAAGUGGUCUUUUAAUUGUUGCAAAAACUCUUACUUUCAGCAUCCACUAGAUAUGAAAGAGAUGUAGAACCACUCCUUGGAAAUCAUUUAUUAUGUAUGCGAUGGGGUCUUAUUUAUUUGUUUUAUAAAGUGUGUUGUGCUAGCAAUGUGACAAACAUAUAUAAAUACAGGUAUCAGUACAUGGUAACACACCCAUAUUACAUACAACUUCCUCGGAGUACACCUUCGUUUCCUCUUUGUGGACCUAUGUCUGGUAGAAUUAUCCCUGAAUCUUUAAAACACAUACUUUUUUUGCACUAAUGAGAAAAACUUCAAUGGCUCAUUUCUUGUAUAGAAAUAUAUAUUGAGAUAUUAAAAACUUGCUUUAUAUUUACUUGGAUUAGAGAUAUUGUUAGUCUGAAAUAAACCUUUACAGACUACCAAAGGACACCUUACCCAAUAUCGGGUAAAAAUAAAAUAAAAAUGUUGCAGAAGCAUUAUAGCAUUGCUUACCUAUUUACCCCAGUUCUAAAACCACCAAUAUCCAUUUGUUUUGUGUGCCUGUGGUUCUCCUGUGUCAUAUAAUUACUGUACUUACCAGUUGAGAAGUUGCUCAGUACCACAAUUCCCAGAAUGCACUGCUUCCCCUCAGCUGUUCAUUAAAGCCUGCUCACCCCUAUCCCACAGCACUCCUGCCAGUUUCCUGCCCAGAGCUUCUGCAGAAUAUUGCUCUGUACAGCAGAAUGUCUCCACACAGCAAGUCUGCAAAGGAUGCUGCAUUCAUUCCCUAUCUGCUUCUCUGCCUGUGGCAUUGUUCAGCACAAGGGCUUAGAGUGCAGAGACUAAUGCGUCAUCUCGGAAGGGAGGUGCUGAGGCCACACUGACAAAGAACUACACAACUUCGUGUUGUGGUAAAUAAAAUAAAAAAACAUUCUGAAGCCAGUACAGUUUGUGAUAACUCUAUAUUAGUAAGUUAUAUGUCCUAGGGUGACAGUUUUAUCUAGAAACUAUUUUCUGAUACCAAAAUACCCAUUUAAUUUCUAUGCAUAAGACUCAAAUUGACGUAAUCUCCUGAUAUGCCCCCCUGCUCAAUUUCUCAGUCUUCAGAAAAUACUCCAGUACUGUUAAAUUACGAAGUAUUCCACUGAUUAUUUUGUCACUGUCAGUCUAUGGCUCUUUAAAAGGGAAAACUACAUUUUAUUCAGCUUAGCAAAGCCUGCAGCAAAAAACUUUAAAGGAGUACUCCGCUGCUCAGCGUUUGGAACAAACUGUUCCGAA